GCGGACUCUCAGACGCCGCCCCCUGACGUGGGCGCCCGGGCUCCUUAAAAAGGGCUGAGGCGCCAAGGCGCGAACCAGACGCGAGCGCGCACAGAGGCAGCGAGUUCGUCACCGCCUGCAGAGGACCUAGCGCCAAAGCCUACAGUCAUGAGCGGGGACCUGAAGGUGAAGAUGCUGAGCGGGGAGUUCCUGGUGCCCCUGACGAAUUCCAUGCUGCUAGCGGACCUGAAGCAGCAGAUCACGCGGAAGAUCGGGGUGCCCGCCUUCCAGCAGCGCCUGGUCACGCACCCGGCCGGAACGGUGCUGCGGGACGGGGUCCCCCUCGUCGGGCAGGGCCUGGGCCCCGGCAGCACGGUCCUGUUGGUGGUACAGAACUGCGACGCCCGCCUGGACAUUCUGGUGAGCAACGAGAGGGGCCGCACCAGCGUCUACGAGGUCCAGCUGACGCAGAAGGUGGCUGAGCUCCAGCAGCAGGUGUCCCGGAGGGAGAGCACGCCUGCCGACCAAUUCUGGCUGAGUUUCCAGGGGAUCCCCAUGGAGGGCGAGCACCAGCUGGGGGAUUACGGCCUCACGUCCCUCUGCACCGUGCACAUGAACCUGCGCCUGCGCGGGGGAGCAGCGGGGCUCCGAGGGCUGCUCUGAGGGCCCCCAGUCCCUGACCCCUUGGCGAUAAUAAAAGUUGAUGUCAAGCUAA